UCUGCCCUUGCUUCUUUUAAUGUCACAGCUUCAGAAUUUAGCAUCCAUGGAGAAACAGUGACACAUAUCAUAAUAAAUUGUAGCCAGUUCGAAUUGUCAUACCUGCCAAUUUACUCACUGUUCUGGUGGUUCAUCUACCAUUACAGCAAUAAUAAUAAAAAAUUCCUACUUUCUUAGGACCUGUUAUAUCUGUAAAGAGAAAUUGUUCUAUGAAGAAAGAAUGGCUUACAAUCUGAACUAUUGUAUUACAGAAAUGGUACUAUGUUUUUUCUUCAUUGUUCUUGUUCUGCCAUCUAAGUCUGCAUUUCUUUGUGAAGAUUCCAGUGAUUGCAACACUCUGCUCAAAUUCAAGGAGGAGCUAACAAGUGAUCCCGAAGGUCAUCUUCAAACUUGGAACGAAGCCAAUCCCUUCUGCAACUGGACUGGAAUUACAUGCCACCAACGUCUCCAAAACCGGGUUAUAGGCCUUGAACUGAUAGAUAUGGGCUUGCAAGGAAGGAUAUCACCAUUCAUAUCCAACCUCUCUCUUCUUACCAACCUGUCUUUACAAAGCAAUAGGUUCCAUGGACAAAUUCCAUCUUCCUUGGGAAUACUUAAAGAUUUGGCAUUUCUGAAUUUGAGCUCAAACAAGCUUGAAGGUAGCAUUCCAGGUUCAUUACAUGGUUGCCAAAGCUUGAAAGUCAUAGACUUGACUUACAACAAUCUAUCUGGUGUUCUUCCUAAAGAACUCGGCUGGGUGAAGAAUCUAACAUACUUGGCUCUCUCCGUAAACAGUCUCAGCGGAGUGCUUCCAGCCUCACUUUUAAACUUGACGGAAUUGACACAACUAGAACUGGCUGUCAACUAUUUUACUGGAAAGAUCCCACCAGAGCUUGGAGCAUUAAGAAAGCUAGAGAUUCUGUAUCUCCAUACAAACUACCUCGAAGGCUCAAUACCUGCAGUAAUUGGUAACUGCACUGCUUUACGCGAAAUCACUCUGAUUGAGAAUAUGUUAAAUGGAGAAAUCCCUUCAGAUUUGUUUGCUAAACUCAAGAAUAUGCAGAAAAUGUACAUGUCAAGAAACAAGCUUUCUGGGAGUAUUCCAGUGACCCUCUCCAAUCUUUCACAGCUGAUACUGUUUGAUGUUAGUUUGAAUAAUUUAGAGGGGCAAGUUCCUGCAGGAUUGGGCAAGCUAGAGAACCUUGAGAAUUUCUACUUACAUUCCAACAACUUGGGUGGCGGCUCUGGUAAUUCUUCUCUCAGUUUCUUAACGGCUCUAACUAACUGUUCAUAUCUGCAAAAACUACAUUUGGGUUCGUGUUUGUUCACUGGAAAUCUACCAUCUUCAAUAGGUGACCUUUCAAAAGACCUCUAUUACUUGAAUCUUUUUGAUAACCACAUUACAGGAAGUAUACCAGAUAGUCUCGGAAACUUAAGCGGCCUGGUAACCUUGUACUUGUCAUACAACAGUUUGGAAGGAAAAACUCCAUCUUCUCUUGGCAAGCUUUCGAAUUUGCAGAGGUUAUACUUGGGGAACAACAGAAUUAUUGGGCCAAUGCCAGAUGACUUAGGGAUGAUGUCUAACCUUGGUGUACUAGAAUUUGGCAACAAUUCGAUUGGUGGGCCAAUUCCGCCUUCACUUGGUAAUCUCUCACAGCUGAGAUAUCUUUACCUGUCUAGAAAUCGCCUAUCAGGAAAGUUUCCAAUUGAGCUUACUCAAUGUUCUCUUAUCAUGCUGCUUGAUCUAUCCUUCAACAACUUACAAGGCUCUGUUCCUGUACAGAUUGACCGUUUUUCCAAUUUAGCUCUCUCUCUUAAUCUUUCGAACAAUAACUUCGAAGGACAGUUGCCUGCAAGCAUUGGAAAGCUGGUAUUUGUACAGGCAAUUGACUUGUCUGGCAACCAGUUUUCUGGGUCCAUACCUACAUUGAUGGGAAGCUGCAUAUCUUUGGCGUAUCUAAACAUGUCCAACAACAUAUUUGAGGGGACUAUUCCAGAGUCGUUGAAGUUGAUCACUCAACUUGAAGUUUUGGACUUGUCACUUAAUCGAUUAAAUGGCAGUAUUCCAAUCUGGAUUGCUAAAGCACAGAUGAUCAAGAAUCUCAAUUUAUCUUAUAACAGGUUAUCAGGAGAAGUUCCAGACACUGGGAGGAUAAAAUCUUUCAAUAGAAGCUCAUUCUUGGGGAAUGUGGGGUUGUGUGGUGGUUCUGCACUACUUGGUCGUCCGCCAUGCGAAGUUCAAAAGCAAAGAUCUAAGAUAAAAAAAUCGAUACUUUACUCUUUGGUUGCAGCAGUUGCAUUAGUCUGUGUGCUGGUUGCUGUCUUCGUUUAUUGUUUCUUCUUCUUCAGAAAACGGGAUUCAAAACCAGAACACCGUGAACACGGAAUGCUAAGAGUAAUGGGAUCCCCAAGCCAUCGUGGAAGUCGAACUUUCACCCAAAGGGAACUUGAAAUUGCAACAGGUGAGUUCAAUGAAGCUCAUCUCCUGGGUAGAGGGACCUUCGGAACAGUCUAUAAAGCAAUUGUUGAUGACGGGGAUACUAUUAUGGCAGUGAAGGUUCUACAUGGUGACAGUAUUCAGAGUUACAAAAGCUUUAAGAGGGAAUGCCAAAUCAUGUCCGAAAUUAAGCACCGGAAUCUUGUAAGGAUGGUAGGAUAUACCUGGAACACACAGUUCAAGGCUCUUAUUCUUGAAUAUGUAGGAAAUGGUAACUUGGCAGAGCAUCUCUAUCCUGGUGGACUAGAGGAAGGAGCAUGUGAAUUAACAUUGUGGGAAAGAUUGUCUAUAGCUAUAGAUGUUGCCAAUGGCUUGGAGUAUCUUCAAGAAGGUUGUCCAGUCCAAAUUCUACAUUGUGAUUUAAAACCAGAGAACGUGCUUAUUGACAAUGAUAUGGUGGCUCACGUGGCAGAUUUUGGGAUUGGAAAGCUCAUAUCAGCUGACAAAUCCAAUGAAUUGCAUGUUAGCACAACGCAUUUUCUACGAGGAUCGAUUGGUUACAUUCCCCCAGAAUAUGGGCAAGGAAAUGAGGUAUCAACUAAAGGAGAUAUCUAUAGCUUUGGUGUGAUGGUGCUCGAGUUGAUAACAAGAAAAAGACCAACAAGCAAUAUGUUUCCAGAUGAGGUUGAUCUAAGGAACUGGGUACAUUCUUCGUACCCAGACCAUGUUUUGGAUGUCGUUGACAGUGCACUGAAGGAGAUAAAAAGUACAGAGGGUGCUUUGCAAGAGCUUGAGAGAUGCUGCAUUCAAAUGCUUGAUGUAGGGUUGAUGUGCACAGAAGAUACUCCGCAAGAAAGACCCUCCAUGUCUUUUGUUGUGCAGAAAUUGACACAGUGUCUCAAAAGCUCCAAGUUCAUGUGAGACCUGGAGAGAUGGUGAAACUUCUACAUCCACAAAUGUAGGAGUAGAGUUUUCCAAUUCUGGUUUAUUAUCGAGUUUGUACUCUAAAGUUAUUGUCAGCAUUUUUUUUUCUACUAUAUAUGUGGUAAAUUGUAACAUAAACUAUGUAGGGGGAAGAAUCACCAUUAUAAACUAUAUAUGUGCUAUACUCUCUUAUAGUUAAAGCCAGGUUUGAGAACAA